AUGACUUCGGACAAGAUUCAUGCCAGAAUUCAUGACGCAAGCAUAUGUGAUGCCUCUGACGAUCUCCUCUUCAAUGAAAAACUGGCCUCUCGACGAUCCAAUACUGUUCGACAGGGUCGUCGGAUAUCCAAGACGCGAAUGCUGAAACGUACAAUGGUACAAAUCCUUUUGCAUACUUGUAUCUCUUCCGCUACCCCAACAGAUCGUCGAUCCCUCUUCGCUAUUUUCUGA